UCUGUUGCUGUAAUCCAUGAGAUUGCUGCUGAUGAGGGAGGGGAUAAAGGGAAUUAUAUGUUCUUGAUUCUUUGAGGGUUUGCAAUAAAAAUCUCUCCUUUUUACCGCCACCGUCACUGGACUUGUGAGUGGUUGCCGAGGCCGCCGUCAUUGGCCUUUGCAAUAUCUGGUCUACAAAAAGGAAACAGAGGCAACGAGAGGCUGUUAUGUGAGAAGGGCGAGCCGCCUCUGGAAUCUGAUCUCCGCCUUCUCCUGCCCUAAUCCUAUAGAAGACCUCUCAGACCGGGGAGGAGGAGUCGGGGGACGGCGAAAAGGCGCGACCUUUGGGGGAAUGGCGAUUUGGGUCGUCUCUAACUGCUGUGGCCUCAGGCCCCUCCCCGCAUCCCUCCCUCGCCCCAACUCCGGCCUCCUACCCGCUGCUAGCCUCAAGCCCUUGAAGAGGAGGCCCCUCUUCUCCCCCACCGUCGGUCUCGGCGGCCGCAGGGAGUGGGCGCUCCGCGUGAGCGCGCCGUUGCAGGUGGCGCCCUUGGAGGAUGAGAGGGAGUCCGGCGGGGGCAGCGGGGAGCCCUCCUUGAAGGGGAGUGACGGGAAGGAGGCAGCUUUCGACCCCGGGAUGCCGCCGCCGUUCGGGCUGGCUGAGAUUCGAGCGGCCAUACCCAAGCAUUGCUGGGUGAAGGACCCGUGGAGGUCGAUGAGCUACGUGGUGCGCGACGUGGUGGUCGUAUUUGGGCUCGCCGCGGCCGCGGCGUCCCUUAACAACUGGAUAGUGUGGCCGCUCUAUUGGAUUGCACAGGGAACCAUGUUCUGGGCUCUCUUCGUUCUCGGCCAUGAUUGUGGGCACGGGAGCUUUUCGAACAACCCGAAGCUUAACAGCGUCGUGGGGCAUUUGCUCCACUCCUCCAUUCUCGUGCCCUACCAUGGAUGGAGAAUUAGCCACAGGACUCAUCACCAGAACCAUGGGCACGUCGAGAAUGACGAGUCAUGGCAUCCGUUGGCUGAGAAGCUGUACAGAAGUUUGGACUCCACAACUCGGAAGCUUCGCUUCACAUUGCCAUUCCCUAUGUUUGCUUACCCCUUCUACCUGUGGGGAAGGAGUCCAGGAAAGUGCGGAUCGCACUUCCACCCUAGUAGUGAUUUGUUUGUCCCUAAUGAGAAGAAGGAUGUGAUUACAUCGACGAUUUGCUGGGCUGCAAUGGUGGUGAUUCUUGCAGGGCUAACCUAUUUGAUGGGUCCUAAUCAGAUGCUUAAGCUCUAUGGAGUUCCGUAUUGGAUUUUUGUCAUGUGGUUGGAUCUUGUGACAUACUUGCAUCAUCAUGGACAUGAGGAGAAGCUUCCUUGGUAUCGUGGAAAGGAAUGGAGUUAUCUUCGAGGAGGAUUGACGACACUAGACCGAGAUUAUGGAUGGAUCAACAAUAUCCACCAUGAUAUUGGCACUCAUGUGAUACAUCACCUCUUCCCGCAGAUACCACACUACCAUCUAGUAGAAGCGACCGAGGCAGCAAAGCCAGUGAUCGGGAAGUACUACAGGGAACCUGCCAAAUCUGGACCUCUGCCAUUUCACCUUCUGGGAGUCCUGGUGAGGAGCUUGAAACAUGAUCAUUAUGUUAAUGACACUGGAGAAGUUGUCUACUAUCAGACCGAUUGAGGGGUACUUCAGAUUAAUGGUCAUCUCAAAGGCAUUGGUGGAAUGCUAAUAGCAUAAUACAUGUUUGAUCAGACCUGCAUGUUCAUCAAAGCUGGAAUUUUUGCUGAUGGCUUCCUCUCCGGCCACACAUUCUUUUCUCCUCUCCGAGUGCAAGGAAGAGAUGCCUCUGCUGCCCGUUCAUGUAAUAGCAUAGCAUGGAUCUGUAUAUGUUGAAGUUGGCCGGAAAAAAAUUAUCGGCAUAAGCCAACCUAUCAUUCUUUGAGAAGAAGAAAGUGAGGACUUGUUGUUGUUUGUUCCA